AUGCCAACAACAAUCGCCGUUCUGAUUCUAUGCAUCUUUACGGUGGUGAUCAAUUGCCUGUCGUACGUGACGAUCGGAAGCACAGUGAAGAAACCAGAAGGAACAUGUUGCUCGGGGCUUAAAUCGGUGUUGAGAACAGACGCACUGUGUUUGUGUGAAGCGUUCAAAAACAGUGCGCAAUUAGGCACAUCGUUGAAUGCCACCAAAUCCCUAGCUUUGCCUUAUCUCCGUUCGUCUCUCGUUAAUCACUUACUUUCUUCAGGUUUUAACAGCGAGUUUAAGGAAAGAUUUUGGGGAACUCCUUGGUUAAAUUGUAAUUUAUUUUGACAGAGGCAACUUCUAUGACUUUACCUCUCUUGUUCGUGAACCGGAUGUUCCUGGUGAAAUAUAUGAAAGGAAAACAUUUCCUUUUGAAUAUUCUUCAGUUUAAAUGCCUUAUGAGACAUACAAUGGUGUCAAUGUGCGACUUAGAAAGAAGUUGCAAGCUCUGAACUGGAGAGUGGUGUUAUUAAUGUUGUACAUGAUAACCGAAUGAUUUCAUUCCUUUAACCAUGCCAAACAUGAUAACUGAAUGGUAAGGCCGAAAUGGCAAGAAUAAGCUUAAAGAUUUCAAAUAUUCUUUUAUAUCUCGAGACUAGGAUAGCUGAAUAUUUUCCCAGUUUAGACGAGAUGCUUCAAUCACAGGUCUGAACUUAGCAGUGAGAAACAGGCCACCAGCAGAUCCAACACCGCCAACUCCAAGAAUCAUAGGUAAUUUAUCUUUGAAGUAGCUACUUGAUGGAAUAUAUCAUAUUUGCUUAAAUGACAGUUAACCUUUUUUUUAGUCUCAUAUAUCUUAAUGCUUUUGGUAAUCAAGUUGCUGGAAGAUUUAACUGUUGUCUUACUGAAGAUUCUAAAGAGGUGGCAGUCUGCAAAAAUAUUUAUAAAUCUUGUAUAGAUAAUGUGAUUGGUUUCUCAUUGUUUAGGUUCUCACUUGAAACUACUGAUUUGACAGAUGUUCAAUAUGAUGUC